AUGUCGCCUCCCAAAACCAUUCUGUUCAUCAACAAGUCCGCCAAAUCAAAGACACUCACACGAUCGGAAGGCGUCGAGCGAAAGGAGAUAUAUUCACAUGUCCAGCAACUACCCGUUUCGAAAACCUCGGAGGAAGCUCUCGUGAUUAGCUGGAAAGUCCGUACUGGGUCUGAAGAUAACCUCGAUGGCAGAAGCAGAUACCAAUCACGGCGUAAUGCGGACGAAGAUGGCAGUCGGUGUCGCCGGAAGAAGCCGAAGGCGAAGGGUGGACGCAAGGCCAAGGCAGGCGAUGAAGCGGAAGGAAACACCUCUCGACUGCUGGAUCGAGUUUCAGUGUCCAUCAUGGCCCUGAACGCAUCGAAGCUUGACCCAUUCAACUGUAGCGCCGUGUCCAUCGACGAGCGCAUGACAGCUACCCUCAAGAUCUUCUGUAACUCCAUGACCCACAAGAUCUUCACAGUCCAAUCAUGGGCCCACACCAGUCUCCGGCGAAUACUCACAUAUGCGUCAGAGAGUCCCGAACUACUCUAUGCCGUGCUGUGCUCAACAUCAGGCGAGAUGUACACGAAAAGCGCGGAUCAAACGCAUGAGUAUAACUCGAUUUACUUCAAGGGAAUGGCUAUCACCCAUCUGCAAAAAAGCAUCGAUGCGACGAAGUCAGAGGCAAAGAGCCCCAACGUAGCGACUGUGCGUGCUGUCUGUACGUUGCUAUACCUCGCGGUGAGUAUUCACAUCUCUCGUUACAAUCAAGAGCGAUGCUGA